GCACCACACCAUGGCAAUAGCUGUUGCUGUGGAUAUUCUGGGAUGUACGGGUAGCAUGGAGGAGCGAGCUUCCACUUUAAAUCGCCUCAUUCUGGUUGCUAUAGAGCUGAAGGACACGGUUGGUGACCUGUUUGCUUUCACAGCCCUGAUGAAAGCUCUGGACCUGCCUCAGAUCAGUCGUUUGGAGGAAACAUGGACGACUCUACGAAGGAAUUUCACACAGACCGCUAUCAGCUACGAGAAAACACUCAAGCCUUUCUACAAGAAUCUGUACGAAGGCACCG